UCAAACAAAUUCUUCGCCGUUCAGCUUUUCUUUCGCGAGUGGGACCGAUUAUCGUCGUAAGACAGCAUUCAUCAUGUCCACGAUAAAUUUACCCCUAAAUCUGACGGUGCGCGUCCAUCCGGUGGUUCUGUUCCAGAUCGUGGACGCUUACGAGCGCCGGAAUGCUGAUUCGGAGCGCGUUAUCGGAACACUGCUCGGUUCCGUGGACAAGUCCGUUGUUGAGGUGACCAACUGUUUCUGCGUUCCCCAUAAGGAGCAUGCCGAUCAGGUUGAGGCUGAACUUGGCUAUGCCUCCGAUUUGUACGAUUUGAACCGGAGAGUCAAUCCAUCUGAAAAUAUUGUUGGAUGGUGGGCCACCGGCCAAGAGGUGACGAACCACAGCUCGGUCAUCCACGAGUACUACGCUCGAGAGUGCAACAACCCGAUCCAUCUAACGUUGGACACUUCCCUAACCGGGGCUCGCAUGGGCAUCAAGGCUUACGUGUGCGUUUCUCUGGGUGUUCCGGGAGGAAAAAUCGGUUGCAUGUUCACGCCCAUCAACGUCGAGAUCACCAGCUACGAUCCGGAAGUCGUCGGACUGCAGUUGUGCUCGAAAACUAUCGGAUUGCAACCGAAUCCCGCUCGGCCCCGCACCGUCGCACCCAUGCUUGAUUUGGUCCAGAUCACCGAAGCUUCCAGCAAGCUGUUGACGCUGCUCGGCGAAGUGCUGAACUACGUGGAAGAUGUCCUGUCCGAGAAGCAGCAACCGGACAACUUUGUCGGCCGGGCCCUGCUGGAUCUGAUCCAUUCCGUUCCAAACAUGACGUCCGAUCAGUUUGCCCAGAUGUUCAACUCGAACGUGAAGGAUUUGUUGAUGGUGGUUACCUUGUCGCAGCUUAUCAAAACUCAAUUGCAAUUAAAUGAAAAAUUAACUAGCCUGACAUCGUUCCUCAACUAAGCAAAUUAUUCUGGUGUAACAAGUUGUAUGCGAAGCUAUCAUAAAGUGAAAAUUAAGGUAUUGUACAGAAGGAUUGUCGGACGCAGUCGUCGCAGUUGAGCUACACAAGAUCGAAGAAGCUUAGAAAAAGAAAUCAGGUUUAGUAGAAAAGACAAAUAAACAUUGGUUUUACUAACCUUCUAAAAAA